AUGGAAAUUAUAUGGUAUGACUUGGAUUUAGCAAUGUUCCUGGUGGAGUUUUUAGCUGCCUUGUGUGCUGUGGCUGUUUGUGGACCUUGCUUUUUGGCAUGUGCUAGAAGACUUAUACUCGGAGAUGAACUGUUACGGACUGGGGGCCAUAUCAUACACGAAGCUGAAGUCAUGGGAUGUGAUGAACCAUCCUGCCCCUAUUAUAAAAAGAAUGUCCGAUAUCUAAUGGUUCCUGCUAUGAGGCGAAGACAAUACAACUCGCCGGCGCGUCCUUGUUCGUAA